GCAGGGACGGACACUCGCACAUUGUGCGCUGGCGCUGGCCCGUGUCCUCCCAGCAGGAAGUGACCCCUGGCCCCGGGCAGUGAACUCUUGUGGCCCGUGCACAGACUUCCGGAGCGGAGCACUGGGCACUGAGUUCAGCGCCUGCCGGGCAGCCGGGCAGCGAGGUUCCAGGAGCCCCCACUUGCCUGAUCCGUCCCCCGACCGGCGGCUACCACCCGCCGUGCAGCCAUGAGUCUCUGCGGGAACAGCCGCCUCCACGCCGGCAGCUCCGAGCCCCUGGCCGCCGUGGUCAUCGGCAACGGCCCCUCGGGCAUCUGCCUGUCCUACCUGCUGUCGGGCUACACCCCCUAUGCGAAGCCGGACGCCGCCCACCCGCACCCCCUCCUGCAGAGGAAGCUGGCCGAGGCUCCGGGGGUCUCCAUCCUGGACCAGGACCUGGACUACCUGUCCGAGGGCCUGGAGGGUCGCUGCCACAGCCCCGUGGCCCUGCUCUUUGACGCCCUCCUGCGGCCUGACACUGACCUCGGCGGGGACAUGGACUCAGUGCUCACCUGGAGGCAGCAGCGGGAGCGAGCCGUGCCCCACGUGGUCCUGGGCCGGGGCCUUCCGGGGGGCGCCUGGCACUCCAUCGAGGGCUCCAUGGUGACCCUGAGCCAGGGCCAGUGGAUGGGCCUCCCGGACCUGCACGUCCACGACUGGUUGUGCCGCCGGCGCAGGGGGCUGCGGAACAGCCGCGCCACGGCGGGCGACAUCGCGCGCUACUACACGGACUACGUGGCCAAGAAGGGCCUGGGCCCCAACUUCGUGUCGGGCGCCGUGGUCACGGCCGUGGAGUGGGGGCCGCCCAAGCCCGGGGCCCAGGAGGAUGCGGAGACGUCCCUCUUCCGGGUGCGCGGCUUCCUGACGGGCGAGGGCCGCCGCGAGCCCUUCUCCCUGCUGGCCCGCAACGUGGUGCUGGCCACGGGCACGUCGGACAGCCCGGCGCGGCUGGGCAUCCCCGGCGAGUCCCUGCCCUUCGUGCACCACCGGCUGGGGGCGCUGGAGGCCGCCUGGCGCGCGGGCACGGUGGGCCCCGACUCGGAGCCGGUGCUGGUGGUGGGCGCGGGGCUGUCGGCGGCCGACGCCGUCCUCUUUGCGCGCCACGCGGGCAUCCCGGUGCUGCACGCCUUCCGCCGGCCCGUGGGCGACCCGGGGCUGGUCUUCAACCAGCUGCCCCCGAUGCUGUACCCCGAGUACCACAAGGUCCACCAGAUGAUGCGGGAGCGCUCGGCGGGGUCCCCCGGGCCCUACCCCGGCUACCGCAGCCUCCCGGAGCACCGGCUCGUGCGCUGCGGCGAGGACCGGCAGGUGCUGUUCCAGGACCCCCAGGGGCUGCACAAGGGCUUCGAGGUGUCGCUGGUGCUGGUGCUCAUCGGCUCGAACCCCGACCUGUCCUUCCUGCCGGGGGCCGGCGCCGACCUGGCCACAGACCCCCAGCAGCCCCUGAGCGCCAAGAGGAACCCCAUCGACGUGGACCCCUUCACCUACCAGAGCACCCACCGCGAGGGCCUCUAUGCGCUGGGGCCGCUGGCCGGGGACAGCUUUGUGCGCUUUGUGCAGGGAGGUGCCCUGGCCGCGGCCAGCUCCCUGCUGCGGAAGGAGGCCCCGCGGCCACCCUAGCCCGGCGGCGGAGGGCCACAGCCCGCGGGGCGGCAGGAGGCCGGCUGGAGGCAGCCUGGGGCAGCACAGUGCCCGGCGUAAGCCCGAACGGGAGCCUGGACGCAGGCCCUGCC